CAGUAGUGAGACAGCUGUGAAGGAUUGGCUAGCGCAGAAAGCAGCUUCAGAAUCGACUCUGUAAACAGAGCAGUGUCGCAAAGCCCUGAAAGCCAGCUCAGAAGGGAAGACACGGCUUGUAUUCGCGUGUCUGUGACUGCAGGCAGCCGAGCGCCAGUGAAACCACGCACUGCUCCAGCCUUUGUUUCCAGGUCUACAAGGUGUGGGCAAGGACUCCAGCAAGGCAGACGGUGGAGAAGCAGCUGCUGUUUGUCAUCUUCACUGGUCACUUCAUUUGGAUGAGAGUUGAGCAGGAAUAUUUACUUGGGUACAAGUUGAAGAGCAUGGGAAGAUGAUUUGAAGCCAGGGAACUGUCUGAAAGUGCCUAAGCCUGACAUUCUUAGCAAACAGCAGUGCUCAAAGGUGGAGGAGGAUACUAAAGCUAGGCACUUUCUGGAACCAAGCAGCAUUAUCAAAGCUAAGACAGCAACUGUUUGAGACCUCCUCUUGGGAUCAUAAUCGUAGGAAGAAUAACAACAAAUUCAGUAGUACUGUGGAUUCAAAAGCAGAAUAAUAGUUAUUGCCAAACUUCCAGCAACCACAUCUACUUUGAAACUGAGGUUGGGACACUACUGGAAAACAUUCUGAAAGGAAACAACCUCUGUUGGCUGGGUCCUGGGAAAGCAGGGGGCCUUUUCUUCCUUGCCCUGUUAUGAUUUCUGGUUGAGUGUUCUUGUCCAUGCAUUGACGAGGCACGAAAAGCCUCUGGAAAUUACUUCCCAGGUCUGUUGCCAAAAGCAAAGAAACCAUUUUGGAUAAGAGUGUGGGUUGUUUAGCAAUCUUCUUGAAGAAUGUCUAGCCAGGACACCGAGGACUUUGAAGCAGAAAACCUCUCAGAGAAGUCUCAGAUGAUUCCCAACCUCCCACCAUAUGACAUGGAUGACCAGUUACUUCCCAGGGAGCCACGGAGUGUCUGGUGCUGCUUGGCAUGGACCCUGGUGGUAGGCACCAUGAACUCUUUGGUCUUUUUCAUGAAUUUGCUCCUGAUGUUUGUAAUCUUCACCAUUGUGCUGCUUCCUACCAUUGUGGUGGUUUACUUUGGCUUCCAAUGCCACUCUCAGGUGCUGCACUCAGCUGCCCGCUACUGCAAAAGCAUCUUGGAUGACAACAGCUCUUCUGCCCUCAUUAUCCUUGGCUUCGUCAUCAUGUCCCCUCUCAUUGUGGUGGCCAUGGCUAUCUACUGCAGCCUGGCACGGCAUCUCCGUCUCUGCAUGUGCUUCCAGCCAUACAGCAGGGCUGUGUACAAGGGGGUGAAAUGGCGCUGGUAUGAGGAGGGAGGCCUGUGCAGCUGUGCCAAGGGGUGGAACACUCAAGUCAAGGCCUGGGUGUGAGGUUCCAGCACCAGAGGCCCUGCCCUAGCCAGCACCCUCUUCUCUCUGCCCUGUCCCUCCCCAGCAUCACCUCCCAGAAUCACCAUCCUGAGGUCUCUGCAGAUGAGGGCUGUGGAGUACCUAGAUGUGAGAGGGAGAUCUGAUAAUGAGCUGCCUCCUACAGCCUUGUCUGUAAGUGGGCAGCAUUCUGCCCGCUCUGAGGGAAAGAAAGAAAACACAAGUCCUUGACGGUAAAGGCAGUGUUCAGCUCUGAAAAGAAGAGGGACUUGUCCCAGUGCCUGUUCCAGUCAGAGCACAGCACUGUUUCGAGUCUGGACAGUAUGUUUUGCCUUGUGUGGGACACAGGGUACCUGUGUACAGGGUUAAAUGGGGUGGGGGGGGCUGCUGCUGACUUUACUGCAUGCCUUGAAGAGGUCUCUUGGGGAAAGGCAGCCUUUGGUGAAGCAUCCAGCAAAGAGGAAGCAGCUGUGGUUUUCCCAAGCGUUGGACUUGCGGUGUUUCUAACCUCUUGCAAACGUGUCUGGAGGUCACUCCCUCUGAUGUUUGGGAUCCACCACUUCCCUACACAUCUGAUAUUUCCCCCCACUAGCAAUCCCUCUUUCCCAUAGCCUAUAGCAGAGCUUAUGCUCCUUUCACUGUUCCUGAGUCAGGUCACUGGGUUGGCUGUGGAAACAAAUGGUCAUCUUUGGGUCUCUUCCCUGCCAGCUACUGAUCUGAAAUAUGCUAGUCUGGUAACGCCUGAUGGUUAUUAACCAGCAAAUAGCUCCUUGUCCUUUAUGCUGUGGUCAGGCUCUUUUGUCUGGGGCUAAAUCUGGCUGAGGGUUUGGGUCAGUUUAAGGAUUCCUGGCAGGAGGAGCUGAGGACUCAUGGUGGCUGCUGAGCACUACAGGUUUUCCCAGAUCUGGUCUAAGAGCUUAUGCCUGUGGGGGACAGUGUAUCAUGUCUUGUUUUCUGAGGGUCAUAAAUACACUGCAGCAUAAACCCUAAAUCUAGGUAAGUGGAGAACUGGAAAGGGUCGGACUGACUGCUGAACGCUAUGAAUCUUUCAGUGCCCCAGCAAGGCUGGAUACCUGGAGGACCCAAGAGCCAUUUCAACACUGGCACUGUGUGGUAUUCUCUGUGUGAAACAAGGACUGAAUGGGCCACAGAAACUGACUAGCCCUUGUAAAAAUGCAGUAUGGCAGCAAGAUGGUGCCUGGGGAGCCUGCUGUGCUGGAUGUGUGAUCUGCAGUAGCAGGGUAACGUGUGGGGCAGCUGCCGCGUGCCCCCAGAGAGGGGCUGUAUGUCUGAAACCUGCUGAGCAGGGGCAUCCCACCUGUGUUCCCUCCUGUGGUUCUGCAGAACUCCCACAGGGCCUGAACUGCUGCUUAGCUAAGUCACCUUGAUCUCCCUCUCGAUUUCAGUGGUCUCUGAAGUCACACCACAGAUCCUCUGCCAUAUGACAUGCCAUGAAUUGCAACUGGGUGAAAAGCACGGUGCAUGUGAGAAGGUACGGUAGGUAGGGAAAAGCAUGGCAGCUUGGCACGUGAUUCUGUCCUUUGAAAUCCCUGUGGGUCUCUGUAGCGUUCAGUUAGUAGGGUCUGUGUGCUACUGAUCACUGCAAGCUGUGUGCUCCCACUGGCUGUUGUUCCCCUGUCUCCGAAAUACAACCAUUUCAAGUGUUAUGUAAAUAAAGAUCGUGCCAAAUGUCUGCUGAGGGAGUUUCUCUCUGUUCUUUCUCAAAGCACUGGCUGCAUCAGAAACAGCCAUGUGGUGCCUAUUGUGCCACAGCACAUUUCACUGUAAGUUCAGAUGUAAUUUCUGUUUUCUCUCCGAGGACUGACUUUUUUUUCCCCCUAGUCUAUGUAGCCUGCAGAGCCCUGGUCCCACCCAGAGAAAUAACCGGCGGUGGCUACAGGUGAAAGUGGAUUGAAUAGGCAGGAAACACCCAGGGCAUGGACAGUCAGAUGCUCAGUCCAACCACCAAACCAGAAAAGAACGCGGGGACAGCUAGAGGUAAGUAUGGCAUUGUUGCUGGACCCCUUGUUUUGAGAGACUAGGGCCACUGGCUUGGGCUUUGGCCAUCACAUUACCUCGUGGUGAUCACAGUCUUAGCUUUGGAUGCCAGCAAGCAGGCAACCCUGUGCAGAACAGAUGGGCAGCAGUGCAAUAUAUCCACUUGGCUGGCUCCAUGUGUGUGUUCAACUGAGUCAUUCUGCCAGUCUUCGUUGCUAUUUAUCCCAUCCUGGCAGCUGCACUACACCAAAGCCUCAACAAACCACCUCCACAGUACUUCAGGUGCAACCGAGCUGGUAUUUUUUGUUUUACAGUUCUAGCUGUUGCUUAAUGUUUCUGUGUACCAAAGAGGAAUGAAAAGAUUGUUCCAUCCCAGAACCUGAGUGCUUGAAGGAAUGUAGAGUUGGCAUUUUAAGGCUUUUCUAUUGCUGUAGGAUUUUGUGGGGUGAAAGUGCUGACUAAAUUGUUCUGAUGCCAUUCAGGAGAGCAAGAAUGGCAUUAGCAUUUGCUCAUGUUUGUUACGUGAGCAUAGUGGACUGCCUGACUUGAAAAGGGAAAUAAAAGUGCAGCAAGUAAUUGGUUUGAACUUCUUUCCUUUAAGCUAGAGGCUUCUGUCCUUCCAUAAAAGGAUGGCUAUUCUGGAGCUCCAGGCUUCAAUGAUAAUAUUAAUGUUUUGAUGCUUUGAUGCAGUAAGAAGUUGUUUCUUUUCUGUAAAUACCCUGAAGCUGACAGAUGAAGUGGGUGGCGAAGGCAGUACUUCUCCAUUCCCACUUGGCUGUGGGACACAGCAGUGGAUUUAGCUGGUUGUCUCCUAGCAAAAACAACAUCAAACAUGAUGAAUGUGACACACGCCUCUGUAUGGCCUCCUGGAGAAUCCUGCAGGUUGUUGUAUAGAGAGUUUACCAAUACCACCCUCAGAAAGGUCCCUGAAACACUGAAUUUUCUGUCUCUGGCUUACCCUUCAUUAAAACUAAAGAUCCAGACUUUAAAUAAAUGUUGCUGACCUUCCUGUGUCCUGCAGCUCAUCUGGUAGAUGUGCCCUCACCUGCCCGGGACAGCUUCUGUUGUGAUUGUCCCCCUGGGGUGACAGGAGUGGGUUUGCUCUGAGCGGUGCUCUUCCCUAAGGUGCUUUGACAGCAGGCUGCGGUGCAUUUGCAUCUGUACGGUGACAGAAUCCUGGAGGAUAACUGUAUUUCCCUUCGAUGGAUGUGCUUGCAGAUGUGCUUGGGAGAUGGUAGGAAAGACACACACACAGAGGAGAGAGAGAAAUUUGGAGAAGCAACAGCAAGCUGGGCUGGUCCAUAGAGGUAAUAAAGCAGUCUCUUUCAACUAGUUCCUUAAUAAAAAGCCAACUUAAGAGUCAGGAGCGUGUGAUCAUCUCAUGUUGUGCUUCAGCCCAUGAGAAGUGAAACUUCCCUAAAACAUAAAUUGCAAUUAAUCGUACUGCCCACUGAGUUCAUUGCCAUUCUUCCCCUUUGUUAUGUCCCUCUGUUUCCCCCCUACACCUCUGCUGUCUGUCUCAUCUUGAAGAGUGAAAAGGAGAGAAAUAGUCCUAUUUCUUUCGGAAAGUCUUUCGGACAGGACUGAGGAUAAGCCAGAAGAAAGUUCUGUUUCGUGAAAAGGAGGUAUCAGAUGUCGUGCUACAGGUUUUGCCUGGAGGCAAUGUUUGCUGACUGGGCACGGAUAUUUGAUAUCAUCUGUUGUUCCUUUUGCUCACCUGUUGUUUAAUCCAACUGCUUUUACAAGGAAAGUAUUCUUAAACCUAGCUAUGGUGCAAGUAUUGCAGCAAACUGUUCCCAUUGCUGCAUUUGCAGCAGAAAUUAAGAUAUAAUUGGCAACAGCCUUCCCAAUAAAAUAAAAAUUGAUUUAAUUUGGUACUUUACAGAGAGUUUUAAUAACAAAGGGGAAAUGAAUCUAUAUGGAAGCACGCUUCCUGGCCGUAGCAGGACAGACCUCGUGUCACGUAGGUCGGGCAGUACCGCAGGGGUGUCCUGGCAGGGGCAGGGAGCACAGCAACGCAUUGCAACCAGUGCCGGGGCUCUGAUGUGAAACUGGUUUGAUCCUAAAUUUCCUGUAGAGAGUACAGAGACAUCCUUAAUAUCCUCAGCCUUGGAUCACAUCCUGAGAGCAGCUGUGCCCGCCUGCUUUCUGCAGGGCUGGUGUGCCAGGCAGGGACUGUGCCCACGGAUGUCGGGGGAAGGGGUGCUGCCAGGCGAUGCCUGCCUCUUCCACACUCACAGACGGGGCUGUGUUCUGUGAGCUCUGACCCAGCACGGAGUUCAGAGCAUAGCUCUGCUUAGCAAGGUGCUGGAGGACAGAAAGAAAUGUAUUUAAACUGCUUUUUUAAAAAGUCUGACUAUGUAUGGAUUGAAUUUCCCUGCGACAUUUUCUCUGUGUUUCCAAGCCAUGGUGCUAAUCUGGUAUUGAUGUUCCUCAGAAGGCAUGAAAAUAUAUUUCCACCCAACAAGCCUUUGGUCACGUCCAGUGUUUCUUUGUGCUUCUUGGCUUUUCUGUCAUCACUGAAUGGUCCAGACCCAAAGCUGAUAAAAUCACUAGGAAGGUGCUAUGUCUCAGUGGGUGCUUAAUUGUGACUUAAUCCUUCACGCCAGGGCUGGAAGCAGCUGUUCUGGCAAAGGGAAGGCACAGGCCACAGCACCCCACCGCCUGGCAACACGCAGCUGGACCCCUGGGCACAUGCAGUGUACAUGAGGGGGAACCAUGUGGCUGAGCAAAUGAUGUCAGACCAUUUACAGGCUUUCACCUGUCUUGUGAUGGUGGUUCGUUAGGACUCCUGAUGCUGCUCGUGUGCCUCCUUUCACCCUUCCAGGUGGCUUCUACAACGCACAAAGGUAUUCUUUGUUACCAGUAUUUAGUAUUUGAUUUAUUACCCCUUGUCUCUUAACUUAUUAUCAGCUGCUCACACUGCUCCUAAAUGGCUUUGCCAGACCUGAGGACCAGCUUUUAUUCACCUGGGCAAGGUUUCAGAGCCUGCAGCCCAGGGCUCAGCUGCUACAGCAAUACAGGUUUCCUCACCAGCCUGCCCUCCUCCGUGCUUGCCAGCAUUCCCGGCGUCGAGUCAGGCUUCAAGGCAAACAUCAGGCAUCUAACUGCUGGGCAGCCCUCGGAAAAUAGCAUGGAGGCCUGGUAAAUGAGCAGUGCUGUGAGCACGUAGGCUUGAGUUUUAGGCAAAAGUGGUAUUUGCAGCCCAUACUGUGGAUGCACCCACUGUAAUACUGUAGCUGGUUUGUACGAGGGAGGGCAGAGGCUGGAACGCUCAUGCACGCAACUGCAGCGACAGCAACCUCUCAUGCCCUGGGAUAGUCUCAGUGCACUAGGAGGAUGGUGGAGUUGCCUAGAAACACCAGGAGGGUUUGAAAACAGUAAUUACACAUAGCUGUGGGUGGCACUGGGUUUCUCCUGAGGCUGAGAAACAGAUUCUUGAGGUCCCCAGUCCUGCUCACGUGAAUUUCAUGUUCCCUUUC